UCUCUGCUUUCUGGAGCUGGGCCCCUCAGUCCGGGCUUUCUGCCAUGGGGUCUCUGCUUUCCCUCUUGCUGUUGAUUUUGCUAGCGGCCGCCUACCCCGAAGGCGGAAGAGUGCGGAGGCGCCGGGCAGCGGGAGCACAGGAUCUCGGCGGCAGCUCCCCGGCUCCCUUCUGGGUGCGUCUAAGCCCGGAGCUCACAGCAGUGCCUCCAGGGGGCUCAGUGUGGCUCAACUGCAGCAGCAGCUGCCCCCUUCCGGAGGUUUCCAGCCUCCACACCCUGCUGCAGAGGGGCAAAACGCUCAGCGGGCAGGGCUGGGUCGCCUACCAGCUGCUGGACGUGAAAGCCUGGAGUUCCGACGUGCACUGCUUCGUCACCUGCGCGGGAGCAACGCUGGGGGCCACGGCCAGGAUUACCACCUACAAGGUGCCGCGCAGCGUGAUCCUGGAGCCUCCGGUCCUAGUGGGCAGUGAGUACACUCUGCGCUGCCACGUGACGCACGUGUUCCCUGUGGGCCUGUUGGUCGUGACUCUGAGGCGCGGUGGCAGAGUCAUCUACUCCGAGAGCCUGGAGCGCUUCACGGGCCUGGAUCUGGCCAACGUAACGCUGACUUACGUGUUAUCCACCAAACCCCGCGAUUUCUGGCUGCCUGUGACCUGCCACGCGCGCCUCAACCUCGACGGCCUGGUGAUACGCAGCAGCUCAGCACCCAUGACCCUGACAGCCUUCGCUGCAGCUUGGCACCCCGCAUCCAAAGCCUUGGCUUUCACCUCCAUCGCAGCCCUUUUGGGGAUCCUUCUCGCUGUGGGAGCCGCCUACCUUCGAAAGUGCCUGUUGACUCAGUCCCAGGCAUAGAUAGGGUGAUCCGAGCCAGCUGAGCAGGAAGAAAAAAGAAAUCUGGAACAGGUCGGGGGACCCUGCCCAGUUCAAUAAAGCCUUCCACAGCCAGCCUGUAUCCCACAGCCUAAUGGUUCCCCACUAAUGCACCUUCUCAGAGAUAGUGGUUUCCUUAAUGGACUCUCUGCAAUCACUUUCUCCCAGUUCCUUGUCUCACUGAGGGCACCUGAGGUUUUCUCACUGUAGUCUACCUGGGGAGCCCAGAGCACCGAUCCCUCUGCAUUCCCAGCCGGUGUAGUGAAACGUCUUCUGCGCUCACUAUCAGUGCGAUGCAGUAGGGCAAAGAAAGCAUGGGCCCUGAGAGCUUUGGGUUUAUGGGAGGAUGAGUUUAUGGCUUUUCCUAUUGGCUCCUCCUGUACCACGCAGCAGCUCUGAUUGGAUGGUAAGCUUCCUUUCCCAUCCCCCACCUCCACUUUAGCCCCUGCACCAUCCUGGAGGGCCGGGUGGGGCGAGAAGUGACCCCAGAGUUCACCUUUAGCGCUUGGGUUGAGAGCACAAAUGAAUGAGGUCACAUGGGCAUAUUGGGAGAUUUGCAUAUACAAAAAAGGUAUGCGUGUGGUGAUAGUGAGGAAGGCGCAAUCGGAUGGUCCACGUAGUGUGUCACAGACUCGUGUCUUGGUAACGUCCUGACAGUGUCCGACCUGUAAAAGCCUGAAGCCCGAAUGCGUGGUCCAAAGGGUCACAGCUUGUGCCUUGGUCUGGCGUGGACACAAAACCCCGGCCCCGCACGGUACCCUGGCAAGGCUCGAGCAGCACCGGGCCACGCCUGUCGCUCGAAAAGAGAC